AAGACGAGUUGUCAAGAAAUUCACAAUGAACAGGCACUGAAAAUGGAGCUCACCUCUAACCAAACUGCUCUUCUUUCCUAUGAUCUGGAUCUACAGAGCCAAAAUAAUUUCACCAAUGUCACCUUGUCAAACAUCUCUGUUUCUGCCUCUCUGGAUCAGGCCAUUAAUGUGAUCUGCAUAAUCAUCAUCUGUGACACGAUGGCUGCUCUCGGCUGCACGAUGGAGGUCUCCAAGAUAAAGGCCCACAUCAAAAAGCCCAAAAGCUUGAUGAUCCCCUUGGUGGCACAGUUUGGGGUGAUGCCCCUCACAGCCUUCUCUCUGGCUAAACUGUUCCAGCUCGGUCCCAGUGCAGCCAUGGCAGUGCUGGUUUGUGGCUGCUGUCCAGGGGGACUGCUUUCCAAUAUCCUGGCCUUAGCUGCUAAGGGGGACAUGAAUCUCAGCAUUGUGAUGACGACUUGCUCUACAUUGGUGGCACUGGGUAUGAUACCUCUGCUGCUCUUCAUUUACUGCCAUGGCUUCUCCAACCUGAGUGCUGUGCCUUACGUUCGCAUCAUCCUGACCUUGAUCUUGACUGUGCUGCCUUGCUCAAUUGGCAUCUAUAUCAGCUAUCGCGUGCCAGAGAAGUCCAAACUUGUCAUCAAGGUUGGGCUGGGCAUAAUGCUGGUUGGUUAUAUUGCUUUAGGUAUUCUGCUCAGCAUUGUAGUAGGACCCAUCAUGUGGGUGGUGACAGAACCUCGACUUGUGGCCACAGGAGCAUUGAUGCCACUUAUUGGAUAUGUACUUGGCUAUGUCCUGUCUUUUCUCUUCAGGUUUGAUGAAUCCUGUAGGAGGACUGUUGCUGUGGAGACAGGUUGCCAAAACCUCCAUGUCUGCUACGCAAUCCUAGAGUUAGCGUUUGAGCGAGAGGUCAUCGGACCAUUCAUUCUCUUCCCUUUUAUCUACCUUUUCUUUCAAGUUGUUGAUGCAUUGGCUUUAAUCAUCAUCUUCAGAUGCCAGAAGAAAUCUUCAUAUAAACCAGCAUAGAAUCAUCAUGACCUCAAUGAUCUUCAGUAAAAAAAAAGAUGGGAUAAAUUCAAAUAACUCUACAAGCUCUAGACAAAAUCUCUGACAAUUAAAGUGUUGUAUUCAUAUUCAUAUAUUGACAUUUCACAUCAAUUUAUUUUUACAUAAAAUUGAAUGAAAGUUUAUUUGCAGAAUCAACAACUGGCUCAGAGCCAAUGCAAAACUUUUCUUGUUACAACAUGCUUUCCUCCCAAGACAAAUCAAAUCCUGGAGCAUUGGAAGGAGCUCUUAUUAUCACUGCAUGCUCACUGUAGGUAAUAUAUGGCCUCACUUUUCUUAUGUGCAACAUAAUCCCUUUUAAUUAAAUGACAAAGGAAUGUGAAAAUUUUCUGCAACUCUCUGAUGAAGAAGGUCCAAUCAUGAAAAAAGAAGGACUAUCAAUAUUUACUCGACUGUAAUAACUUCAAUAAAAUUUAAGUAGGCAAAUUUACAUAUCGCAAUUUACAAAUUGUAAUCAUUUUUGCAAAAUAGUUGAAUCAUUAUUGUGUUCAGUUUGCCGUUAUAAAUAGUUGAAUCAUAGAAUCAUAAUGUACAUUUUCAAAUAUAGGAUUCAUUUCGCAGAGACCUUGGAGAGAUCAGUUGGUCAGUUCCUUUCCCCAUCAAUGUGAGGUCUUUGUGAAGCCUCACAGUAGUGUGUCUAUGCUUAAGAGCUAAAGGGUCAUCCAAACAAUAAAUAAGCUGACAAAUCAGGUUUAAAAAAAUGAAGGCGAAGAUGACUACCAACACUUAGCAUUGAGACAAGCUAAAUGUGGGGAAGAUAUACAGUAAUGGUGUAAUGAUGUUGGAUGAGAAACUCUUGUGUAUGAAUGUAUAGAAUAUGGGAGAGUGAGGAUGGCAGGUGGGAACUGUGGAAAUAGGUCUGGCUGCUAGGGAGUUCUGGGAAUCGUUGUUGCUGGAGGACAAAGGGUUGGUGACAGACAUAUUAUUUUAAUUGAGAACAAUUUAUAAGUCCUAUUGGCAGCAAAAUAUGUAAAACUACUGUACGUGUGGCUCACUGCUGAAAUUGAUUUGAAUAAAUAUAGUCCUAUUCGUUAGCACUGUUAUUCUGAAGUGCUGAUGCAGAUUUUAUUCCUGUUUUUCUUGGUGGGUAUUAGUGCUUUUAGAUAUACUCAUUCUUUAUAUUUAAAGAAAUAGAGUCAUGGGAAAAAAGUAAACCCUCCUUUAUUUCUGUUUUUAUUUAUCAGGGCAUACAAGCCCAAAUCACUACCCCUCCACCACCAUGCCUGAC